GCGGGCUUUGAGAAAGUCCAAUUAAAUCUCACCAUUUUCUACUUUUCUUCCUUCGCACCUACCUUCCUAUUCUACAGCACUGCUUCUACAAAGCCUUUCCCUCACACCCACUACGCCAUCAAGAGCUACCCAUCCCUCUCUGAAUUCCGAUUAGAAGGUUUUCUGUCACCAAUCUUUCUUUACCUUUCACCACUGUCUCACAAGGACGAGCAAAAAUGGGAAUCAAGGGACACCACCAAAACAGGUUCGUCCGGUUCAUAACAAUACCCUUUAGACUUCUGGGGAAAACAAAGGACCUUUACGUCCGAAGCAUGACGAGCUGCGCACAGGGAGUGGGCCACAGCCAGAGCAUGGGCAGCGGGGUUGCCUUGCCGAAGAGCUUCAGCGUCAGCUCGUCGAGGUGCAGCGACGAUGACGAUUUGAAAGAGCUCAUCAGAGCUGCCUCGACUAGGACUUUGGUUGAUAGGAUUGACGUGGAUAUGAUUCUCAAGCAGCAGGCGGCGCAGUCGGCGGUGAUGAUGGCCGGAUCGAGGGGUUUGCCCAAGAGCUCUAGCGUCGGAAUGGGCAAGAUCGACGAGGACAGGCCGUGUGAUUUUGAAGAAGUUGGUGUUGGCGCCGGGAAGGCGGAUUUGUUUUAUCCGAGAAGCAGAAGCUACGCUGUCACAAAGAGAAGUGUUGAGUUUUGAUCAUCAUCUCCUGCAACCAGGCUUGUAAGAGAUGCAUGUUGGGUGGGGGGUGGGGAGAGUAAGAAUUACUCUCUUAUUGGUUGGUUUUAUUAAUCUUGUGUCGUUUGAAAUGUUUUGUAUAAAAGGUGAAUGAAAUGGAAUUGGGAUUGUUUGUUAA